GCUCAGUGGCCUCUUCCACCUCCCCAUCACCCUUAUGGGACAGCAUCGCAGCAUGCCCCCCAAGCACCCUUGGGUACAGCAAGCAGCACCUGAAGAUCUUUCCACACCAGUGCCUGUGGCUUCCCCUUCUAAUGCCUUAAUCCGCCCCUGAUCCGCGGUGCCCCUGGGGCUGGUCCUGCUGACCUUGCAGGCGCUGGCCCCCGGCUGGGACCAGUGGCACCGUGGGGCACGGGCUGCCACAGCCACCACUCAUGGCCUCCUUCUUCACGGCGGCCCUGAAGAGCUUCAAGGGGGGCGAGGAGGAGCCACCCAAGGGGCCCCCCAAGGAUGCCAAGGAGGCCACGCUGCCCAACGGCAUGUCCCGCGAGGAGUUUGAGGAGUACCAGCGGCAGCUGCUGGAGGAGAAGAUUGAGCGGGACAAGGCGUUUGCACAGAGGAAGGCAGGACGGGCCACUGUCCGCAUACACCUACGGGACAAGUACCACCUGGCCCAGGACGAGCGGGACGAUGCUCAGCUGCACGUGGCCGGCGGAGCGGUGGAGCUGCCGCAGGAGUUGGCCACCAUGGUGCACUGUGAGGAAGACGAGGCCGAGGAGGAGGAUGGCAGCGCCGGGGCCUUUGCCUUCCUGAGCAAGCUGCGGGACGUGGACCUCCCAUCACUGCGGGACCGGGCACUGGGCAGCAUGGAUGAGGUGAAGGAGAAGUGUGCCCUGAUGUGA